AUGGGUUCUGAAGGCAAGGUGGAAGCGUCGCCGCCGCCCCAGGCUAAACGAAGGGGAUGGUACCUUCUCUGCCUUGCGUUGGUGGUAGCGUGCUUGAUAGUUUACCCUUACCCAUCGCGUCUGCAUAGCAAAGUGUCUACCCUCGGUGAAACCCUCACUGCUCUCAAUGCCUCUGCAUACAUCGCUGAGCCCGGUGCAAGCGCUCUGUACUACGCCAACGUCUCGACUUCGCACUGGCAUCUCUCCGAGAGACCUCUGCUGCUUAUCGUGGAUGCCUCUGCCCAGAUAACGGUCCUUACGCCCAAGUUUGAAGGCACGCGUGCAAGGUUGCUCCAUAUACCGUCUGAUGUGAAGUGGGUGGAAUGGGCAGAGGAUGAGGUUCCUAUCCGUCAUUUUAUCGUCGAUGGCCUGCGAACGGCGUUCCCAAAAGCUACAGUGACUGCUGCACCCACAGAGAUCAGACAGCUACGAGAACGCAAAUCAGAGGGAGAGCUGGCGUUGCUCAAGUGUGCCAACGAGGUGCGCGUGCUUUCUCCGACGCACGUAAUCCUCAUCGCACGCGCCCUCGCCGACGCCGGACUAAAAGACGGCGGAUGCCUAACCUUAUUCGGAGCGGCACAGAUCGCCAGUCUCCGCCCCGAAGACUUUGCCUUGUUCGACUGCACCGCCUCCUUGCACGGCUACUGGAGCGACGUCACACGCACACUUGCUCUUCCCGUCUCCACCAUCCCCGAUAUCCAUCUCCAAAUAUGGAACUUUGUCCACUCAGCCCAAAAUAUCGCGUUUGGGACUGCCCAUGCAGGUGUAGUCGCCAAGCGCGUCGACGAGGCUCCGAGGCUCUUCCUCGGUCUUGCGGGGAUCCAUGAGGACCCAUACUUGAAUGGCGGGAGCGAGGUCAUCCUACAGACAGGCCAUACUUUCUCUGACGAGCCUGGGGUUUAUAUCGAGGGCAAGAUCGGCGUGCGCCUCGAAGAUUGCUUUUACAUUGCGCAAAAUGGGAGCGCAGUUUACCUCACAGCCGGAGUGGGAGGUCCAGCUUCGUCGCCUUGGAAGCCGUAG